GGGGAGGGGGGGCGAAGGCAGCCCAGCCUGGCUGCGGGGGUAAAGUGGUUCUCAGACCUGUUUGGUGCCCGAAAACUACUUGAGUGAAAGAGAACUUAUCCACUGGGUGGCGAGGACAUCGACACCCGUUGAAGGUCUUUGAGAACGGGUUUGGCCGCGUUUGGCUUCCGAACAGGUCGCUCCAGCUUCAGGGUGGAGGUAGAAGGGACAGCCCCUCAUUAUGCUUAUCAGGCAUCUGCCACUUCCCAGUCACUGCUUUUGAGGCUGAGGGUACCUCGGUAAAGAAGGCUGAGUCCCUACCUGAGCAGAAACAGUAGCAUUGCAGUUAGGGAAACUCAGGGGUCCUGUCGGUAUUUUCCACCCUUGUGUGCACGUCUGUCAUAGCUCUUGCCACAGUAGACUGCCAUCGUGUCUCCUAUCCGGGUGCAAGAUGUACCCGUGAUGAACCCUCAGUAAGUGCGAGCACUGAUGCUGCGUUGUCGUUGCAUCAUUUUUGUGUGCCGAGUUAACUCAGAGUGUGGACUACGGCACAUUCCCAGUAAUGUUUGUGAAGUUAUAUUUGGGCUUAAGGACAUGAGGAUAGUGGAAUAGAGCUAGAGAUUGUUACGCCUCGAUGUUGGCAUUGGGUGGCUGGUGAUGUAUUGUACAGACAGGGAACGUGAGGAGCGACUUUGGGGUGGGCAGGGCUUAGGUUUCACAGGUUAUUUUUGCCUGUGUGGAAUAGUUCGCUAUUCAAAAUCUGGUAGGCAAUUGCAUACCUGAGUCUGGCACUGAGGGAAGCGAUCUCUGUGGAGAUACAGAUUUGGCAUCAUCAGCAUUUAGGAGAUACCUAAAACCAGUAGAGGUUGAAAUAACCCUAGAGAAGAGGGUCUGGGGAAUGCCUAGUUGAGAGAGGAAAAGGCAGCUACUGAUGGCAGUAUGAUGGAAAAUGAAGUGGAAGUGAGAAGCAUGAGGUAGAGGAUCAGGAAUACAGGUUAGGGUUCUUUGGCUGUGUGAUCUGUCAUUCAGUGAUGAGAAUUCAGGCUUACAGAGCCCUCUUUGUCAGACAGUGUCUCAACUCUAUCAUGUGAUGUGGGCACUGAGUUUUGUCCCUGCUUUACAAGUGAGAAAACGCUUGUAGGUAAAACUUGCAAAGCUUCAACAUGGCUUUAGAAUAGUCUCUCCAGGUGGGAGUGGGAGUUGUGGUUCUGAGCAUAGCUGAAGUAAAGAGAUGACAUAGGGUAAACCACUCUCAGAAGAUCUGGGUGGGGACAAGAUUACAGCCCCAUGAUUCAGCAAGUGCUAGCCAGGUGGGUGGUGAAUAGAGAAGGAUGUAAGUGUUUCCUUGGGCCCCUCUCUUGUCAGCUCAUUGUCUCCCCUGUCCAGGAAGAGGAAGUGGAUUUGGUGGAGGGGACUUCUCAUCUCUUUAACAACAGCCUCUUCUUGAUCUUCCCAGACGGUGACAAGACCCCCCUCCCCUGAGCUGAUCCCCUUUCUACAGCCAGGAGCCAAUGGCCGGGGACAGAGCCAAACCCUGUGAGCUGGACCAAGAGAAAUACGAUGCCGAUGACAAUGUGAAAAUCAUCUGCCUGGGGGACAGCGCUGUGGGCAAGUCCAAACUUAUGGAGAGAUUUCUCAUGGAUGGAUUUCAGCCCCGGCAGCUGUCCACACACGCCCUGACCCUGUACAAGCACACGGCCACGGUGGACGGCAAGACCGUCCUUGUGGACUUUUGGGACACAGCAGGCCAAGAGCGGUUCCAGAGCAUGCACGCCUCCUACUACCACAAGGCCCACGCCUGCAUCAUGGUAUUUGAUGUGCAGAGGAAAAUCACCUACAAGAACCUGAGCACCUGGUAUGCAGAGCUUCGGGAGUUCAGGCCAGAGAUUCCAUGCAUUGUGGUGGCCAAUAAAAUCGAUGACAGGCCCAUGUCCUACCUUCUCUCUACAGCAGACAUAAAGAUGACCCAAAAAAGCUUCAGUUUUGCCAGGAAGUUCUCCCUGCCCCUGUACUUUGUCUCAGCUGCUGAUGGUACCAACGUUGUGAAGCUCUUCAGCGAUGCAAUUCGAUUAGCUGUGUCUUACAAACAGAACUCCCGGGACUUCAUGGAUGAGGUUUUGCAGGAGCUUGAGAGCAUCAGCUUGGAGCAGAAGGAGGAGGAUAUGCUGGGCAAAGAGCCGCGUGGCCACGUCGAGAGCCCAUCUCCCUCCUGAGCCACAGAAGGAGGCCUCUCUCCACGGCCGACUUGGGGAGGGGGGGAGUUCAGAAUACCCCUCCCUUCUGCAGUCCUUCAGCUCUCACGUGAGACAUUCUUCCAGGCCAUCCCCUGCUAUGCCUCCUACAGACCCAACCAUCCCAUUUGCUCCCCCACUGCCAUGGCCCGUGAGACCUGACCCGUCACAGUUGUUCCCUCCCCUGUAGUCGGGCAGGGAAGGGGUCCGCACCAGACCCUGGGGCAGAAUUAAGGAUGGACACUCCAGGUUAUGUGGGACGGUGAAGAAAAUUGGGCAACAUUCUGUGUGUGUCUCUUAAAUAAAAGGAAAUUUAGGUGGUUUUUUUUCCCCCUCCCAGAACUGACCUCAGGGCCUAUUCGUUGCAUUUCUACCAAGGGAAUGAUUUCUACCGAGGGAAUGAUUUCUAAUUCCUGACUAUCCUUUUUCCUCUAGUCUCCCAACGAAACCAACCAUUUUAAGAAAAUGGUUUUGAACAGAGAGCUGUUCAUUCCGUAAGUUUUUCCAGAGUUCUUCUAGGUACAGCCAGUACAUUGAUGAACAGCGAGGCCAAGAUCACAGGCCCAAGUUUGUUGUUAACAUCACGUGAAAGCAGGCGACUGCUCUGGCCAUACUUAGUAAUACACAGACAUCGUAGUUGUAAACAUCGAGGGUCAAUACAGCCACACCACAAGGCACACCUGUUUGCAUUGUAAAAAAUUGACUUUCGGAAAGCUUCCUUUAAAACCCCUAUUUCAACAAGGGAGGAUUUCCUUCAUUUUUCUUGAGGACUAGUGUGGACAUUGUACCUCCUUGGGUGGCAAGGGCUGCUGAGAACUCUCAUGCUGCCUUUUCCAUUUAUCUCCAGGACUUGUGGUUCACUAGGAUGCUUUUAUGAUCAUCUUGUACGUCAUUUCCAUUUUUAAAAUUUAUUUUUAUUUACGUUGAAUAGAUGUGCAUGCUUUGUGGGCAUGGAUUUCUCUGAGCAAAGAGUCACAAGAGAACGAGCGGAUCAUCAGCCACGUUAGUAAGGGGAGACUGCCGUGACCUGUCGUGUUAUCUCUAGAUUGAUUGUCACAGAGACCAUUUCCGUGGAAUUCAGUGUUUUUAAAAGAAUGGGUGUUUGUUUGGGAGUCAAGAGCAAGCAUUUUUACCCUUUAGAUUACUGACGCUUACAAUUUCAACUUCACAGAUUUAACCCGACCAGGAAAUUUCAGGAAUGCGUUACCCUGGUGAGAUGUACUUUUAAAAACAACAACAGAAACAACCCUUUAGUUAUUAUAAAUGAUUAAUAAGUGUUUUUUAAAUAUAAUGGCUUCACUGAGAUAUAAUUCAAAAACCGUAUAAUUCACCAUCAGUAUUGGCUUUACGUAACCAUUUUGCAUCAGGUUCCCUGGAAGCAAAGCCUGGGAAGGCAACUCUUGUUCAGAUGACUCAUUGUGGCAGUUUUCUGUCUCUGCUGGGGACCAGCUUCAGUCUCCCCCUUCCUAGGGAAGCUCUGGAGGACAAACUGCCCCACAAGGAUGGUCCCACUUUGAGACCAGGGCCCUUUUUGUGCCAGUUGGCCAAGUGUGUGAGGAGGAGGUGGAAGGGGUGACUUGUAGUGUCCAGGGCAAAAGGGCUCCUGUUUUAGCAAGGACAGUUCCCUGGGGAAAGGGCAGCUGUGAGUUUCAACACUCAAAGUAGGUAGGGGAUAAGUGCUCAGGCAGGGUGCCAGCAAUAUCCAUGGCCACCUGCCCAUACAUUGCUCAAAUCCACCUGCUUCUUAAAGCAGUAUGUCAUCCUGACAUACAGGAACACCACCCCUGAGUCUUUUUUAAAUAAUUCAUUGAGGUGAAAUUACAUAACAUAAAAUUAAAGUACACAAUGCAGUGCCAUUUAGUACAGUUACAGUGUUGUGCAACUGUCACCUCUAUCUAGUUCUAAAACAUCUCCAUCACUCUGAAGUAAAACCCCUUACUCGUUAGUAGUUUCUCCAACACUCCCUCCCCUCAGCCCCUUUGAAACACUGAUCCUCGUUCUUUCUGUCUCUAUGGAUUUAUCUACUCUGGAUAUUUCAUAUAAAUGAAAUAAAACGAUACGUGACCUUU